UCUCUGCUCUCACUCUCAUCGCUCGGCGCAGAAACUCGUUCUUUUAGAUACCCACUCUCUUCAAUCCGACAAGGAAACAACUCGACUUCGAACAAAAUGAAGUCCCUCACGCUCGUUUUCACCCUCGCCGCCGUCGCGCUCUCCGCCUCCGCCUCCCUCUCCGACCUCUCCAGCUCAAACACCCAUCGCGCCCUCCACAACCGUCUCUCCAACAUCAAACCCGCCUCCAACCUCGAAGCAAAUGCAUCCGUCGCCAAGCCCCGUCGCCGCAAGCGCUCGCUCUGCGCCGCGAUGAGCAGUAGCAGCGCCGCCGCGGCGGCUUCUACCUCUGCGAGCUCUUCGAGUGUGUGGACAAGCUCGAGCUCGAGCGUGUGGGUUGCGCCGACGACGACGAGUAGCUCGGAUACGUGGACUAGUACGAGUAGUAGUGUGGCGGCGGCGAGUAGCAGUGCGAGUGCGAGCACGGAUGCGGGUGGGAAUACGUAUACUGGCGAUGGACAUACCUUCUCGUUCUCUAACCAGUGCUCGUACGCUGUCGUCCCCGUCCUCGUCGACGUUAGCGGAACUUACGAUAGCGCUUCUGGAACUACGCAGUGGAGCAGCACCUUGAACUCGCUGGCUGCUGGUGGUUCGUACAGCGCGACCGUUCCAUCCACCUGGAACGGCCGUCUCUUCGCGCAAGACUCCGCCUGCGGCUCCCUCGGCGAAGACUGCACGAUGGGCGAAUUCAACCUCGGCGCGGACAGCAUCUACACGCCCAACUCGUGGGAUGUGAGUAUCAUCCAGGGGUUCACGCAGAGUAUGAGUAUUGCGAGUGGGGGGAAUACGGCGAUUUGUACUAGUGCGAGCUGCACGUGCCCCGACGCGUACCCUGUUGGCGAUAUGACGGGUUGUGGAGACGAUGCGCCCGUGAAGGCGACUAGCUCGGGUGAUAAGACUUUCGAUAUCGUCUUCUGCCCCUAAACGCCCCUAUCCACGAUCGACACUCACCACUCAAGCCCAAAAUACUCCGUCUACCCCUCGAAGGGUAGUUCUCUUAAAUCUCCAUCCCCACCGCGGACUAUGAUCAUACAUCCUAUAGACUGUUGUUUCGCUCCUACCGCCGCUGCUGUUGUUUUGCUCCCUGGUCGUUGGUAUUUGUUGUCUGUCUGUCCGUCUCCCUAACUUGCCCUCCUCCCCGCUUUAUAGUUGGCGUGUGCGUUUGUCUUCUUCUCCCUCUUUAUACCUUCCAUUAUUCCUUGUUUGACUGGGUCGACUUCGUACGGACGAUAUAUGUGUUUGCUUUUGUGUCGUGGUACCCCUUGCUGGUGCUGCGCUCCCCUGUCCUCCUUCCAGGCUACACUCUUUCGUGCACGACUUUCCCCGUGUUUCGUCCUUCUAGCUUACAUCCCUCACCCCCUUUGAUGGUGAAAUAUGUUCUGGUCUUCGUCUUCGCCCUACGCUGUUGCAUUGUUCCACUAUUACUUGGUGUUACUUGGUGAUGCAUACUUAAACAUACGGCGCGUAUAUACCCUUGGUU